AUGUAUCACACGCCUACGUUCUUUUUAUUCAUGUUCAGCACAACUGGUUCGUUGUCCAUGUUGUCAAAGGUUGCAUCCUCAGGCAAGGGUGCAAGGCUACUAACGGUGUUAGACUUGAGAGGAGCACAAUUGGAAACAUUCCCGCAUGAAGGUGUGGACCUCCUUAAUCUUACUUAUCUAAGUUUGAGGGCGACAAAUGUAAAAAUGAUCCCGAAAUCGAUCGGAAAACUCAAGAAGCUAGAAACGUUGGAUCUGAAACAAACGAAUGUCACCGAGUUGCCUGAUGAGAUCCUGAAGCUCAAACGUCUUCGCCAUCUCUUGUUGUAUCGUUACAACACCGACCUUUGUUAUAGUCCUUUUCACUGUACAAUUGGCUUCAAAGCCCCGGCUGGAAUAGGAAGUUUGUUGUACUUGCAGAAACUAUGUGCUAUUGAAGCAAACCGAGGGAGUAAUAGUGGCAUCGUGCUAAGAGAGGUGGGGAAGCUAACUCAACUGAGGAGAUUGUUCAUUGUAAGGCUAUAGAAGGAAGAUGGAACUGUGCUAUGUUCCUCCCUUGAGAAGCUAAACAACCUUCGCUCAUUGUCCGUUGCGGCAAUGGAAGAAGAUGAGUUCAUUGAUUUAGAUUCUUUGUCUUUGCUGCCUCGAUUUCUUCGAAGCCUCUUCCUAGGCGGAUGUUUGGAGAAGAUACCGCAC